GGAGGUGACAGGGAGGAGGACAGACUCGUAAGCAGAGACAGAGACGCUUUGACUUUUUAGUCCAACAAAACAGGGCCAUGAUGCAGAGGUGCGUUUUCAAGAGACUUCUCCAGCAGUUUGGUUUAAGAGAUGAAGAAAAAAGCAGACGUCUCCAAGCUGGGGUCAGCGCUGCGCUGCUGGGAGGAUACAGAAAUAAAUCAACUCUUCCAGAAAUGAGAGAGCGGACUCUCAUAGCUGUAAAACCAGACGGAGUUCAGCGUCGUCUGGUAGGGCAGAUCAUCCAGCGCUUUGAGCAGCGAGGAUUCAAGCUGGUUGGCCUGAAAAUGGUGCAGGCUUCUGAGGAUCUCCUCUCCCAGCACUACUGUGAGCUAAGGACCAAGCCUUUCUAUCCUAGACUGCUCAGCUACAUGAACUCGGGGCCUGUGGUCGCUAUGGUGUGGGAGGGACACAAAGUAGUGGAGACGUCCCGUACGAUGGUGGGACACACAAACCCGGCAGAGGCCCGGGCGGGGACCAUCAGAGGAGAUUUCAGCUUCCACGUCAGCAGGAAUGUGGUCCAUGCCAGUGACUCAGUGGAGGGGGCACAGAGGGAGAUCCAGCUGUGGUUUAAGGGGAAGGAGCUGCUGAGCUGGGACUGCUGUGACCAGAGCAACAUGUGUAACAUAUGAAUCACAAACCCUACCUCCUCUCCUCCUGCUGCUCAGAGAUGUUUGUGACGCUACAAUGCUGGAAAAGAUGAGCCAUAAUCAUUGUUCCUAUCAUGAUGUUUACCUCAGCAACAAUCAGAUCAUAAUAAAUGUUUUAAUGUUUAUGAUACUUGGUUUUAAUCUUCUUAUAGCUAAAUGUGGAUAUUUAUCAAUGAGCAGCCUGCCUUUAGCCAUUAGCUAAAGAUUAAUCUUCUGUCUGUCCAGGUAGAAUUUUUUUAUCAAUAUGAGAGAAACAUUAAGCUGCACAGUGGAGCCUUUUAAACAUCAUUCUUUUGGGCUUUCCAUUUUUUUUAGUUUGACGAGGACAGGACAGCAGAUAGAACAGUAAGGUUAACAGGCAGGAGAAAAGCCACAAGUCAGACUGAGAUGAGACCCCCCACCCCCUCAGGAUCAACACAAAAAGUGAUGCAUUGCUGUCAAACAUUAACAUAAUUUCAGUAUUUUUAGAGUUUAAUCUUCACUGAAUAUUAAGGUUGCUCACUAAAAACCUCUCCUUAAACUAUUUAAUGAUUUUAGUUCGUAUGUGUAAAUCUAACCUUAACAACUUCAAGAGUAGACAGAGCCUUGCACCCAAUGGGGCCCCGGACCCCAGGUUGGGAACCAGUGCACGAGGUUAUCCACAGCCCUGCAGAGUGAGGCGUUAUAUGUUGAUGCAGAAUUUUAACUUUUAGAUUUUAUCUUUUAUACAUAAACAGGCAGUGUGGGAACUCAAAUGUAAGAAAGUUUAUUGUCCAGUUUUUGGUCAGAAAUGUUUCAUUUCAUUUUUUUUUUUUUUAAGCCAGACUGACCAGAAAAGUCAAGAUACAUCUAUUUAUAACUCUUAGACUCCGCCCUGGUGGAAACACAGAAAACAGUGGGCCACAGGAACCAUUUAGGUAUUUGAAGCAAAGUACCUGAAAUUAAAGUUUCCAUGUAAUUUAGUUAGAAAAGCUCCUGAAGACAAUGGUAUUAUUUCAUUCAGCAUCUCUAAAAGCCAUAAAACUGACAAACGUGUGAUGAUCUAACUUAGCUCUGGUUUAUGUUUUAAUUUUUGUACAUAGUUUAGCAUUAAAAAGAGAAAAUAAGCCUAAAAAGGAUAUAACCUUCUAUUAAAGCUAUAAAUUAAUAAUGAAUUAAAUGUUGUACAAUGUUCAUUUAUUAAACAUGCCAUACAUCAUGUUUUAAACCCUGUUCUGUUAAAUUCAGAGUGAAUACUUUAAGAGAAAUUCAGACAAAUGCGCACAAACUGAUUUAUUAUGAGUCCGUCAUUCAUGAUUGUGUGUUUUAAUGUUAAUUAUUUACAACAGUAAAAACAGCACAAGGAGAAACAUGUUCAUCUUCAUAGAACUUCACAGUUAGAAUUAAAAACGUAUGAUUAUUGUCAGUGUGAUGUUUGUCCUUUAGACUCUAAUUUAAUAAAGUUUUUUGUUCCUAC